GCUUGGUCAGUGCCCCGCGCGCCGCGAUCUCGGUUGAUCGUGUCUGCAGAAAACUGUUCUUUCUAUCUAUUAUAUUAUACAAUUUCAAGUAUAUUUUAUUUAAAUUUCCAAUAUUAUCUAAAACAUGCUUUAGAUACAUUUAUGACCUGUAGCCGACUUUGUAGUAAUGUGUAGCUUAGGUUAGGUGUUAUUAACGUAGGAGCGAUUUCAAGAACGAUGACUCUUCUAUUGUUGCUGGUGACGCUGACAGCGGUUGUUGCAGACGAAGCCACCGAUCCGAGAGGACUGCUAGAAUCAACACCAGAACCGGUGAUAAAUGAUGGCGACUACACGGUUUACGUCGGCCGCUGGACCGAGUGCUCCAAGGGGGAUGGGGACCUCGCUAAAACCAUUAAGACGUAUAAUAGCCGACCAGAAGCUGAUUCUUUAGUACAUACGCCGCGUCUGGGCUUACAGAGGAGGCAAGUCCAGUGCCGCAGAAAGGACGGACAGUUUGUAGAGCCCUUAUAUUGCGGCAUUGCUAUUGCAAAUAUCGGAACAACGCGAGUUUGUGUGAUGCAUGAAGACUGUACUCUAGCAGAAUGGUUGCCGUGGCGUCCACGAUCCGAUGGGGCUCUUGUGCGGACUCGGCGACUACGUAGACUGCCACAAGGCGGUGGUAAAGAAUGUGAGGUGGUUGAAGAGGUACGUCCUGCUGUGCUAGAAGCAAGUGCACAUUGGACUCCUGGACCCUGGGGCUCCUGCCGCGUUGCUAUUGAACAACCGACAGCUUUAGCACCCUCAGACGACGAUGAUGACGAUGCCGACGACAACGACGCAAUCUACGACGAGGACGACGACGAAACGGACGAAAACGAUAAAGAUAGCGAGGCGAGUUGCGGCGGGGGCGUGCAAAGGCGUGAGGCGACGUGUGUACGCGCUGAUGGACGGGCGCUACAUCCCGUGCAAUGUGCGCAUGCGCAGAUGCCCACGCUUGUUCAACCUUGCGAAGUACCUUGCCCACGAGACUGCGAAGUAGGGGAGUGGAGUGAGUGGGGAGCUUGUCAACCAACCGAUGGUUGUCCGUUAUUCCCCGUUCAGCAACUUACCACAACAGGUUAUAGCGUCCGUCGACGUCGUGUAACGGCAGCAGCGUCAGGAGGCGGAGCGCCAUGUCCACCUCUAGAAGAGAAACGUACUUGUACCACACCCCGAUGCGCGGCAUGGAAAGCUUUACCAUGGGGGCCUUGUGUGCUCACUCAGCCCCACACAACAUGUGGGCCGGGACGGCGUACAAGAGAACUUCGUUGUAUCGGUCAUGAUGGAAAGGAAGCACAGCGUGCAUGGUGCGGAAAUGGCGCCCCGCCGCGCAGUGAACGUUGCCGCAUCGCGUGCGCGGGCGACUGCGUGGUGUCGUCGUGGGGCGCGUGGUCGCCUUGCGCUGCACCCUGCGUCGCGCCCGCACACUCGCGCCCCACACGCACGCGCCGCCGACACGUCCUGGCGCACUCCGCACCCAACGGUUGGCCAUGCCCCUUAGAAGACCAGCUCAUACAGAACGAAACUUGCAACACGCACGCGUGUGCCACUUACUCUUGGCUGGCCACGCCUUGGGGGCCCUGCGAGAGAAGGCGACAGGACUACAUGCCUGCUACCAACUAUACUGACCUACUGGACGGUGAACCAUUUAACGAAAGCGAUGAUGAAGAACCCUGCAUAGAGGAAGGAGAAAUGACUCGAGACGUCAUGUGUGUGCAAAACAACGCCGACGUCGUUCGUGAGUCUUUGUGCGCUCCUCUUCGUCGACCGGCAUCUCGUCGCGCAUGUACAGUUCGCUGCAAGCGAGGCUGUAGAGUCGAAGCCUGGAUGCCGUGGUCACCAUGCCCUAAUACUUGUGAUCCAGGAAAACAAGUUAGAGUUCGGACUGUACACGGUGGGCCCAAUUGCGGUCCAUUACAAGAGACUCGGGACUGUCCGGUGGCACGCUCGUGUCGCUCGCGGGAUGCCUCGUGGGUCGCUGGCGAGUGGAGCACAUGCCGGCUGCCCCCAGAUCAACGUUGCGGUGUAGGCUAUAGAUUAAGAAGUAUAUGGUGCGGAUCAGAUUCACAUCGCGUAGAGGCAGGCGCGUGCGCAGGUCAGUUGGUGCCGCCCGGGGUCGCCGCCUGCACUGUCUCCUGCGACUCCUUCGUGAUACUCACUUGUGAUGCUAUUUGCGCUGAUCCUCUCAAGUACUUGGAUGCUUCUGAUCCUGAUGUUCCGUCAUGCAUUUGCAAAAAUGUAACCUUGGAACUUCUCCCCGCCGACUCAGACUGCAUACUGCCACCGGGAAUUGAAUGCGGUGAGGGGAGGUCUUUAAGAGCAGCUCGAUGUUUGGUCGGAGGUCGGGAUGUACCGAUGGACGUAUGCAAGAAAUAUCAUCCCCUUACUGGUCCUCGUCGUGUGCGCGAAGCAGCAACUGACGGAUUCACAUAUGAUGAAGAAUUUGGCUCUCUUCUGAGAGGAACAUGCACCGUGCGUUGUGCCAGAGACUGCGCCGUUGGAGCUUGGGCUGCGUGGGGUCCUUGUGCUGCUGAGCCUGGCUCCAGAGCUGCUUUCAGAUUUAGAACAAGAGAGGUGAUAGAAGAAGGAUCGGGUGGCGGUCGCGAAUGCGGCGCAACGUUGCAGCGCGCGACUUGCGUGGUGCCGGAGCCGCGCUGGGAGCUCAGCGAGUGGUCGGUGUGCGCGCCGCGACACGCGCUGUGCGGCCGCGCCAUCAUCAACCGCACCGUAGAAUGUAUAGAUGCAGAUGGAAACAAACUGGACGAUGUGACAUGUGAGACUUCGGGUGCGGGUCCCGCGCCAUCCCGCGAAGCGACUUGUCGUGCUCCUUGUCCCGCGGACUGCGUUGUCAGCACUUGGUCUGAAUGGAGCCCUUGUGAACAGACGAAGUGGGGGGGACGGCGCGACCGCACUCGCGUCGUGCUGCGCGCGGCGGACGAGGGCGGUGCCGCGUGCCCGCACCUCGUGGCCGCCGAGCCGUGUGCGCCGCAUUCCUACUCCUGGCAUGUGGCGCCCUGGGACGACUGUCAGCCUCUAGGUGGUUCGCCUUGUGGAGAGGGAACUAAGAAAAGAUCGGUACGGUGUCUUCGCAGUGACGGAUUGUUCGUCAACGAUUCAUACUGUCCCAAUGCCACAGCAACCGAGGCCCGAGAAUCUUGGUGCUACGUUCCGUGCGGCGUCGACUGCGAGGUAGGGGAAUGGGGUGCGUGGGAUUCCUCUGCCUGUUCUUGCGGUGACGCCUCCACUGCACGACACAUGCGGCGUAUACGCCAACACUUGACGAUGGCGGUGUGGCCGGGACGCGCUUGUCCCGCCACGGAGCAGCACGCACCGUGCCCGCGACAACCCUGCCUCCGACUCGUCGCCCGCCCUCUACUCGGAUGUCACGUGCAGACGUCAUCGGGAGAGGAAGCGGAAACUGCCUGUGGGUGGGGUGUCAAACUGUCACACGCACGAUGCGAGCUGACAAGCGUGACGGACGAGCCUGCAUCCGACGCUUACCUGGAGCCCUGGCGCUGUGCCUCUGCGCUCCCCGGCAGGAUUGUAGCACCGCCAUUACACCAUCAGGAGGAUGAAGAUUGUGAAGUGGAAUGUGGAUGUAAGGAAUCCGAGUUAGGCCAGCCCGGACCUUGGGGUUCGUGGGGACCUUGUCGUGGAGGCGCCCGAUCUCGCACCAGGCAGCUGCUCGUGCCACCGCGACGAGCUUGUAGAACUAGUUCCAGAUACAUAACAAUUGAAUGGGCAAACUGCACCGGUGACGCCGACGAAAUCCCCGACUUGCUCGCUGUCGAACCGCACGAGGACAAGCCGCGACGCGCCUGGCUCGGCCGCGGUAGAGACGUUUACCACGACGGAUAUCUCGAGGGAAGCACUUCUGUAUUAGCAGUUGUGUGGACGGCAACAAUUAUUCUUAGUUUGUACGGCGCAUUCAUGCUGUAUCGCGGAAUACUCAGGUGCAUCAGAAGCCGGCGGUUGAAAGCCAUCACUAAAGUUUAAACCUGUCCUCGUGGCAAAAUAAAAAAAAUGGCUAUUCCUUCUCGUGAUAACGUGAUCUCACUGAUUUCAGGCUCUCAACGACAAACUUGAAUAGUGUCUGUCUGUUUUUGUUACCUAUUUAUACAUUCCACUGUUAUUUUGUUUUGUUAUUUAUUAAGUCUUAGAAUAGUUUGUUAUUUUAAUACUGUUUACCAUUAACAUUUAUGAUUAUUCGAUGUUUGACAUCUGUUUAUUGUUACUAUAAAACACUAUUUCUUUUUCCUUCUGCGAAUAAAUUCUCAAAAUGUAACCGUAUCAUAUCAGAAAAUAGUUCUUAUCAAUACAAUUAUAAUAAUCGGCAUAAAGUAAUUAACUCUUUUGAAAUGUAUCAGUGUAACAGCCAGCGAUCAGUCUGUCCGCAUGAGUGCUUCCAUGUUUUUAAGAAGUAAAUGAAUAUGCUAAUUUAGACGAUUUUUACGACUUUUUCAUGCGAAAUAUAGCGAUGGGGCUUUUCGGAUUGACAAUAUUUCUAGCUCUAGCUACAUGUGUAGCAUAGAAUCUUUCUUAGCUUAGAGAUGGUCAAAAGUAAUUCGAUGUGUAGAAUGACGCUACAGAAUAGUGAUUAUGGAUUAUUUGUCUACUCAAUCAUUAAAAACAAACUUGUUCAAAUUAUUUUCAUAUAACAUUUAAAAUAACUAUUUCAUUAUUUCUAUUAACGAAUUAUAUUUUGAUAUGACAAUUCUAGUUUUAAGACAAUACGUUUCUACGACUAAGAGAAAAACUUGUUUUAGUUCCAAUUUAUUUGUAUAUUUUUUUGUAACCUGAAGUACUGGCGAUAUUGAGAUAGGCAGGGCUAAGUAGCGACCAAACAAGACGAGACACAUCAUAUCACAUAUCAGUGUUAGAUAUAAAUCGUCUUAACUGAAAUAGGUUGUCAUCUACAGUAGAAUUAUUGUCCACAGUCCAUUGCAUAAAUUAAAAUGCUUAAAAUGUCAUCAACUUAGGGCUUUGGCGCACAAACCUUAAUAUAUUAAUAGAUUGUAAGCGCUAAUAUAACCCAUGGUAAUUUGGUCAUAAUCAUGUAUAACACUUUUCGUAGAUUUUUCAUAUAAGCCCAUGUAUUGUGUCAAGUAUGUAUUUAUGACGUGAGUGUGUUCUUCGUGCUUUCUUCUUUAGUAAUAUUUCGGUAUUUUCAGUCUUUUCUAUUAGACUUAUUUAUUCUUUAAAUUCUUUUACCAAUUACCUCAUCUACGAUUACAUUCAUUAUAAUAUAUUGAAAUCUAUUUACUCUGUCUUUAAUAUUUUGGAUUUUAUCAAGAGCAUUUAUAUUUUAUGUGCGGCUAUCAUAAUCUAAAUCUCGUUCCUUCGUGACAAUAUAAAUUAGAAAAAUUCUAUCAAUCUUUACAUCACAUUGUAUAUUUAGUUUAUUUUAUCGAAUAUUUCCUAUCCUUUCCUGAAAUCUUUCAUCUAUACUUUCGCCUUGAAAUGUAUUAACCGUAUUAUAAUUAUGCCAUUAUAUAUUGAUGUGAAACAUGAUAGUUAAGGAAUCGUGUUAGACAAUACAAUAUUUGAUAUUUAAUAAAAUUUGAUUGUGUUUUAUAUAAA